AUGGCGCUGCAUGCAGACGAGCCGACCUUGGUAGACUACAGCGACAGCUCCAGCGACGACUCUGACCCACAAGCGUACGAGUGCCCCAAGACCCCGAUGGCGAUGCCUGCGACGACGACCUUUGCUCCAUCGAGUGACACGCCGCUCUUCUCCUUUGGCACCACCAAGACGAAAGCAAAGAAUGCCAGCGCGCGGCGCACGCGGCCAAAGCCUGCGGCGGCCUCGACGCCACCGCCGUUCGCGUUCAGCACCGCGGCCUUUCCCGCUGCUCCAGCGUUCUCGCCGAUGCAGCCGCCUCCGACUGGCUUUACCUUUCCUAGUACCAACCAUGCGACGCCCGACGAAGGCGUCCCGAUGGACACGGCCGAGCCCGUCUUUGUCGCGGCGGCCAAUCCAUUCGCACCCGACAUCACGCCACAGCAGCGCAGUUCGAAGAAGACAAAGAAGGCUGCAUUCGUGCGAUCCUCUUCGUCACCAAGUCCCGUGAUAAAUCCGUUUGCAACACCUCAGGCAGAUACUACGUUCGUUGUCCCUCCAGCAGCGUCGCAACCAGCCCCCAGUCCAAUCCAGUCGCCGGGCAUGGGGCGUCAGGGCUGUCAACCUGCGCCGCAGCCUGCGACCGCGCCUCACACCACUGCAGCACCGAUCGACGACGCAUUUGUGCACCAAUUCCAGGCCUUUAACGUUCACGAGCCGCAACCCAACGGCGGCGACUGCGAGUACAUUCGGCUGUGCGAGGUCCACCGGCUCGACGCGCGCACGCAGCCGCACGCGCCACUCCUCGUGCACUGCUCGUGCUGCCAGCAGCCGCUUCGAACCGUCUUUGUCGACUUGCAUCUCUGCGCGCCCCGCGAGCUCUUCGAGUCGCCAUGGGAGACGCCGCCGCCGGCCCCUGGCUUUUCCUUUGGCACUGCACCCAAACCAUCAUCCACUACGAAAGGCGCCAAGCGCCGUGUGCCCCGUUCCAAACGCGCUUCGGCUCCGGCUCCGGCUCCUGUGCCAGAGCCGCCGACGCCGCCGCCGAUCGAGCCCGAUUGGAUCCAGUGCAAGCGCGACGGCGGCGCCGCGUACCAACGGAAGGACUACCUGCAGGCCGUCCAGUGCUAUACGCGCGGCGUGCACAGCCUGUCCUUAGAGCCGGCGUUCGACCGCGUCAUGGCGGAGCAUGCCAAAAUGCUCGCCAACCGCGCCGCCGCCUGGAUGAUGCUGCACAAGAUCCGCGAGGCGCUCCAAGACGCCGAGGCUGCGAUCGCGCUCGACUCUACGUACCUUCGGGCGCAUUUGCGCUACGGGCGGUGCCACUUGCUCGUCGGCGACCACGCGCGCGCUCGCAACGCCUAUCUCGGCGUCUACAAACUGCUCCCGCAUGCCAGCGCGGCGGACCAGACCUUGUACAAGCCGCAGGUUGACCUCGCGAUUCGUGACGUCGAGGCGUUCGUGUCGGCGCUCCACGAGGCCAAGUGGUGCCUCGAUGUGCUCGAGACAGCCAAGGCGCUGCAACACACGACCAGCGCCCUCACGUACGCGCCGUACAGCCGCGACCUCGUGCUUCAAAAGAUGAAUGCUCUUGUGGCGCUCAAACGCUUCUCCGACGCCGUGGCCUAUGCAAAGCAUCAGCUGCACCUCCACGCGACGAUCGUGGCCCUUGGCGUCGACUUUGGCUUGCAGUACGCGCGCAGUUUGCACUACCUCGACGAGGUCGAACCUGCGGAGCAUGUGCUGCGCCAACUCGAAGAGGCCGCGCCGACGAGCAAGUAUGUGCUCAAGCUCAAGCAGCUCUGGCUCGACAUGGCACAGGCCAAGGCCAUGGGCAACGACGCGUUUGCGUGUGGCAACUACCAGCGCGCCAUCAACUUUUACUCGGCCGGUCUCGGCCUCGACGCCGACCACGACCUGUACAACGCGGUCCUUUUCUGCAACCGCGCGGCGGCGCUCAUGGGUCUCGCCAAGUGGACGCCGGCGAUCGCCGACUGCAAAGACGCGCUGUCCCGCAAGCCCACGUACUCCCGCGCGCUGCUGCGAAAGGCGCGUUGCUACGUGAGCUUGCUCCGAUUCAAAGACGGCAUCGCCGACCUCCGCGCCUACAUGGAAGCAGUCGACGAGACGGCGACGGAGGAGGAGCGUGCUGCACUCGCAACGGAAUUGCGCGCGGCCCAAGCCAAGGCGGCGGCGCACGAGUACGAGCAGCAGGAGCGGGCGAGGGCCAAGCAACGCAAGGAGCGCCAAAAGCAGGAGCAGUCGCGUCGCGGCCACGACCCGUACAACGACUACUUUGACUCGAACAAGUCCAAGAAAGGCGGUCGGUCGUCGCAGAACAGGCAGCAGCCGCACAAGGCGCCACCUGUCCCCGUUCGCGUCAGGUCCCACUACGAAGUGCUGCACGUGCCCCUCACUGCGACAGCGUCCGAGAUCAAGAUCUCGUACCGGAAGCUCGCGCUGAAACAUCACCCAGACAAGGCAAAGUCGGAGGCGGACGCCUUGCUCUUCAAGGACAUGACAGCCGCGUACGCAGUUCUGUCCGACGCGCAUGAGAAGGCCAAGUACGACCGUGAGCUGCGCUACGGCGGCUACGGCGUCUACUACGAGUACUAA